AUUUUAAACAGUAAAAAGCCUUUUUGUACAACGGAUACAUCUUCCUUCUACUUUCUUUUCUUUCAUUUUACCCACUUAUAUUUCUUCUUAACUUUAAAACUUAACAAAUACAUUUUUGGAAUUGAACUACAAUUGUUCCAAAAGAAUGGGAGAAUCUGCUUGUCUCAUGCAGCCAUUCUCUUAUGCAGCUCCACAGGGAGAUUCUCUUGGUGCUUUAGGACAGUCUGUGUCCUUCGGAAGAUUCAUGUCGGAGAAACUUGACUGGGAGAAAUGGUCUGCUUUCUCCACACAGAACCCUUACGUGGCUGAGGCAGAGAGAUACUCUAAGCCCGGAUCUGUUGCUCAGAAGAAAGCUUUCUUUGAAGCUCACUACAAGAAAGUCGCUGCUGCUAGAAAAGCUGCUGCUGAAGAGGCACUCUUGCUUCAGCAGCAAAUCCCUAAACCCCAACCAGAGAAGUCUCCAGUUCAAGAAGAAGAUAUCAAUGAAGGAGAAAAGAAAGAUUGGAUGGUCUCAAAACCGGAUCUUGAGAUUCCAAGAGGAUCUUUAGAUGUUUCUGCUCAAUUGAAAUUACUUGCAGAGAAAGAAGGCCGAUUUAGUAAUAGACAAUCUGAUGAGAAAGAGAACUGUGGCAUGGCUGAGUCAGAGAUCAAUGGCCGCACAGCUGAAGAACAAGUAGAUGAGGAGAAACCUAUACUAAAGUCUGUGAAGAAGAAAUCCAAAGAUUCACAACCAAAGAGUAGUACUAAACCAAGAGUCUCUAAGUACAAUUCAUCGGAGAGGACUCCAAGUAAAAAGUCUAAUAACAAGAGCAGCUCGUACACUUUCACGCCUGCAAAAGAGUUCAAUAGAUUGGUGUCCAUCAUAAGGAAGAUUGAUGGGUCAAGAGCUUCUUCUAAACCAACCAAAGACUGCAAAACUCCUCUCCGGACACCAUCAAACAAGGUGUCUGCAAAGGGAAUGGUUGAAGACUCCUUGUCCACACCUUUAUCGAGUAACACAAGUAAGUGCAGAGGGAAGAUAGCUCCUAAUUCUUCUGCCAAGACAGGUCGAGGAAGAUGGAAUUUCCUCCCUGCGGAGACACCGAGCUGUUUUACACCGUUUGGCUUAAGAACAGAGGAGAGAGCAGAGAGAAGAAAAAAGAAGCUAGAGGGGAAAUUCAAGGAAAUGGAGACACAGAACCAGAAGGCGGAGGAGAGGAGUGUGGAGAAGGAAGAGAGUAAACUAAGGCAAAGGCUAUGCUUCAAAGCGAAGCCACUUCCAAAUUUCUACAAACAGAGACCAAAAUCAACAGACCAAACUAAGAAAGCUCUGUUACAGUAGCAGAGAGGUCUUACAGAAACUCCCUAUCAUCAUCUUUCAGAGAGAUAUUGCGCUGACUUAGCGCCUGUGGCUGUGGGGAGAACUAUCAAAACCGGAUUGCCUCAAAAAAGGAUUAGUUUGGAAUUGUUGACAUACUGUAUUUGGUUUUAUUCCAAGAAGGAAUAUUGAAUUUUACUAGAUUGCAUUGUAUGAAUAUUUGUAAACUUUGUUUAUAUAUGAUUUGAAAACACAAAAUAAGAAAGAAAGGGGGCAUUCCGAGAAUUGAACUCGGGACCUCUCGCACCCUAAGCGAGAAUCAUACCACUAGACCAAA